AUGGCAAACUGUUGUAAAUGCUGCAAAACUAAAGACAACUGCAACUGUUGUAAAGAUAGUUGUUCAUGUCCAAAAGAACAACAAAUAGAAUGUAAAUGCUCUUCAUGCUCAUGUGAAAACACAUGUAACAAAACAUGUGGAUGUGACAAAAAAUGUUGUCCAAAAUAA